AUGGGCACUGUUGAGGAAGGGACUGAGAGUCAAACCACUAAUGUGGAUCCUAAUUCACAAGCGUCGGUGACUUCUCUAGAGCCGAUCGCACCCGCUAACAGCAACCCUGCAUCUACAAGCGACAUAUCCCUAGGCGCCAACGAGAGCUCUACACAUAAUCAAAACCCGGAGUUGCAGGAAUACAGAGACGCUUGUCAGUCGGGGGAUCUCGCGAAGGUUAAAGAGAUGGUUGAACUUGGCUUGAUCGAUAUUACGCAUGACUAUCAUGAGGAUGAGAUGGUAUCAGGUCUGCAUUGGGCCAGCAUCAACAACCGCCUAGGGGUCGCGAAGUACUUGGUUGGAAAAGGAGCGGACGUCAACUUCAAGGGCGGGAAUUUGAAAGCUACCCCGCUCCACUGGGCUGCAAGAUAUGGUUAUGUCUACAUCGUUGACUUCCUGCUUGAAAGUGGCGCCGACCCGACUCUCACAGAUCACCAGGGAUUUAACCUUUUGCAUCUUUCAAUCAAUUCUUCUAACAUUAUGCUGGUUCUCUACGUAUUGUUUUUUGUUGUUGGAGACAAAAUCAGUAUCGACUGUGUCGAUCCCGACAAUAGAACACCGAUUUUGUGGGCUGCCUACCAGGGAGACUCGUUAUCGGUUAAGGCUUUACUUGACUUCAAGGCUGACUUUAGGAUUGCUGACAAUGGCGGGUUUACACCCCUUCACUGGGCUACUGUGAAAGGUCAGCCACAAGUGCUGAAGCACCUCAUUGAGAAUGGAGGGGAUUUUCUGCAAAAUACAAAUGACAAUAAAAACUGUUUCGUGAUAUCUCAGGAAAUGCGGACGGAGCACAGCCUGACGAACGCCUUGCUUGAGAGUGGCUUUAACGCGGAAGGAGUUCCUAUUAUUAAGUUAUUCAAGAAUCCUCAACAUGCAAAACUACUCACUUUUGUCACCCCUUGGAUCCUCGUUGGACUAAUUCUUAAAAUUAUGGCUACGCUAAACACUUUCGUCGCCAUAACAUUUACGGUCCUGAUAGGAUGGGCUAGUACCAAGAUUCUUAAAAAGUUCGUGAUUCCAUCAUAUAGCCUGCGCCAGGGCGGAAAUGCAUUCUUGAAAACGCCCUUUUUAGCCGGUCUCCUCUUCGGUAGUGUGAUAUGGGUUUUUUAUGUAUGGCUUACGAGGGUGCUGCCAGCAACUGUGUUUGAUGAGCCAUUAGCCAACGCACUGUUCUUUGUCUUUCUCACAGUCUGUUUGGGCUUAUUUGGUAGCCUUGUAUUGUCAGACCCGGGCAGAAUAACAAAAGAGCAAGAAUUGGAGCCUGUGCGGAUUGCAAUUAAAGAACUUCUUCGUAUUGGGAAGUUUGAUACUAGACAUUUCUGUGUCGAUACCUAUAAGAGGAAGCCUUUAAGGUCAAAGUUCUCCAGGUUCAACGAAGCCUUGAUUGUCCGGUUUGACCAUUUCUGUCCUUGGAUCUACAACGACGUGGGCCUGCUCAACCACAAACAGUUUAUAUACUUCCUCUUGUCGUUGGUUUCUGGCGUUUCAUGUUUCUUUAUCGCCUGUAUUGAGUAUUUUGAUUUCCUCGAGGAUGAAUCCAAGACUGACUUCAAGUGUGGUAUCUUCGAUGAUGAGAUAUGUGCCGGUUUUCAUUUGGACACGUUUGCAUUCUUGGUCUUGAGUUGGACGUUAAUACAAGCAGUCUGGGUUUUCUUUCUCAUUGCAGUUCAACUGUUUCAAACCUUCAAGGGCAUAACGAACCAGGAGCUUAAUAGCGCUUCGCGGAAGCGGCAUGCUCGCGACUCUGGUAAUGAAUUUUUUACGACUACACCAACGGAUCUCAUGGAUGCAGAAGAUCUUGAGGCUUUGAACCAGCCCGCUUUGGAUAGUGAGGAGGCCAGUCAGUUGAAGCCAAGAACCUGCGGUGGGGUAUGCUUUGGGCUUAUAGGGCUGGAUCAGAUUGUGCUGGUAGUGAAGGGAUUUUUUGGGGGGUCGCGCAACUUGCAACUAUCUCACCGGCCUUCACAUUUAAGCUUUGAGACAAACUACGGCUGGAGAACGAAUCUAAAAGAUUUUUGGUUGCUCAGCGACACCACGGCUCCGCUGUGGCAGCGGCUUCUGUAUUCUCAGAGAGGGUUCAAGGCCCUUUUGGGUGGUACAGAAGUUGACUAUCAAAAGUUAUAUACUUUACCAAGUCCCAGAUUCCUUGCUGAUGAAAUGGUCUGA